ACAGUUCGAAAUUUGUCCUUUACGAUGAAUGGUGAACUAUUUCGAACUCAGUAGGACGGCAGAUCUCCUCUUUGGUUUAAGAUAAUGGGUCCUCUCUAAUGGGGGUGAGUCGACUCGAUGUUCUCUACAGAAGGCUUCUCCUCACCAAAAUGUUCAUCCAAGGAUGGGGAAAGCCCGAGGAUCUGAAAAGGAUAUUUGAGUUCAGGAAGAUCAUUGGUGACAGGGAAAAGUGCAAGAAUUUGGUGCCAAGGGACUAUCCAGUUUUUAUUGACAAGGUAGAGGAACAAACAGACUGCAAAGUUCUCAAUGGAUAUUUCAUAUCACCCCUGGAGCACCUUGUCCCUGGUGUCUUGCCCACUGAGUCCAUCAAGGCCAGAUUCCAGUUUUUAGUGCCCAAGAAAUGGAGAAAACAUAGGCCAGUUUGCAUUCAUUUGGCUGGGACAGGAGACCAUUUUUUCUGGAGGAGGCGGACCCUUAUGGCCAGGCCUAUGAUAAAAGAAUCAGCAAUGGCAUCACUUUUGCUGGAAAACCCUUACUAUGGAUACCGAAAACCAAAGGACCAACUUCGAUCUAGUUUGAAGAAUGUGUCGGACCUGUUUGUGAUGGGGGGUGCACUAAUUCUGGAGUCUGCUGUGCUGUUACAUUGGUUGGAGAGGGAAGGCUAUUGGCCCUUGGGCAUGACUGGCAUCUCUAUGGGUGGGCAUAUGGCAUCUCUGGCGGUGACAAACUGGCCAAAGCCUAUUCCUCUGAUCCCUUGUCUUUCCUGGACUACGGCGUCGAGCGUUUUCACCACUGGUGUUUUAAGUAAAGCUGUAAAUUGGAGGGAACUUGAAAAGCAGUAUGCUGCUUCAACGGUGUAUGAAGAGGAAAUCAUCCAGAUGUUGGAGUACUGUGGGACUGAUUCUUUCCGCAUGGGACAGGAGUUUGUGAAAAACGCACCAUAUAGCCUUGACAGUCUCUCUAGAUUGGACCUUCAUCCAGGCCUUCUGAAUCUGAACACCCGUCAAAAGCACAGUGCGGGACCUGGCUCCUCGAAGACGCCUUGCUCACAACCCGGGGGUGCUACAGACUCCCGCUUGCUGCUGAGGCGAGAGAGAGAUGGGCUAGACCAGAUGCUGUCGGCUGUUAGCAGCAGCAGGCCACACAUGGACAUGCUUCAUGCGAAGAACAUCACACAGGGCAGAGGGCAACGGCAGUCCCUGCAGCGUGAGUCUCUGUGCUUCAUGAAGGGAGUGAUGGACGAGUGCACGCAUAUUGCCAACUUCUCAGUGCCUGUGGACCCAAGUCUCAUAAUAGUGGUACAAGCAAAGGAAGAUGCAUAUAUUCCCCGCACAGGGGUACGUAGCUUAAAGGAGAUCUGGCCUGGAUGUGAGGUACGUUACCUCAAUGGGGGCCACAUCAGCGCCUAUCUCUUCAAACAAGGACUAUUUAGGCAAGCUAUUUAUGAUGCCUUUGAUCGAUUUCUACAGAAGUAUUCCUCAUUUUAGCCAUGGAUGCACUACAACUCAACAAAAUGGAAAAUGUGCCAUUUGCUGAAAUGAGCAGAUGUAUAUAAUAUUAAGUGGAGAUGGAACACACUGAAUGACAUUGGUCUGAUAUCUAGGGAUUCUAUUGGAUGGAUGAAACUAACCUUGUGGAGUUAUUAGAGAGAGACACUGAGUCCAGAACUUGUGAAAAGGAGAAUCUAUUGUUUGUAGUAAUGAAAGAACCGUGUCUACAUCAACUUACAUAUUCGUAAAGCCUACUCACAUUGUUCUAACCUCACUCCACACUAAGUCUCCUCACUCAGAUGCCUUUUAUCAUAUACUGUGAUUAAUUCAAGAUUACUGAGCAAACCUGUCAAAUAGUGCCUCCAAAUGACAUUUGCUUCUCUCACCUAAAAGUAUUCUGUAUUCCCUCUGUUCCCUUUCAUCUUGUCCUCACCAAAAUACGAUGCCCUUGGAGUAACUAAUCACUGCCAAACCUUGAAAUAUCUACUGUAAAUCAUACUGGUAGUAAUAUUUUCCAAAUGAAAUAUAAAUAAAUAUGCAUUAGUAAUAAAGCAAUUCCCUUUUUUUAAAAUGAAAAUAACUGAGUCCAAAAUAAAUAUACUCUUCCUUAGAUUGCAU